UGAAGCCCGGUUUCUUCUGCGUUUCACGCAUAACAAGUUUCUGUUCUGAAAAAUUGAGCUCUGAAGUUCUUUCAAUGGCUUCGCCGCUUCUCUCAAUCUUUCUUCUUCUGGCGAUCUUCUCCACCUCCUCCUCUGCCGACAUUAGCAGGAAGGAGUUAAGGAGUAAGGAAUUCAACCAGGAAGCAUUGAUACGGUUGGAGCAUUUGGUUGAUUACGACAGAAUUGAUCCGUCGCGGGUUGUUCAACUUUCUUGGCGACCAAGGGUGUUUAUGUAUGAAGGAUUUCUGUCUGAUGAGGAGUGUGAUCACCUUAUUUCUUUGGCAAAUGGUGGAGAAGCGAAGUCUUCUACAGAUUAUGAUGAACCCGGAAACAGCAAUACAAAUAGAAGGCUUAAAAGCUUAGAACUUCCAUUGAACAUGGAGGAUGGUAUAGUUUCAAGGAUCGAGGAAAAGAUAUUAGCCUGGACUUUCCUUCCUAAAGAAAACAGCAGGCAUUUACAGGUUUUGCAUUACAAUUUUGAGGAUGCGGAGAAGAAUUACAACUAUUUUGGCAACAAAUCCACAUUAGAAGAAAGUGAGCCGUUGUUAGCAACAGUUAUUCUUUAUCUCUCAAACGUAACUCGUGGUGGUGAGAUUCUAUUCCCUGAUUCAGAGCUGAAAAGUAAGGCCUGGUCUAGUUGUGGAAAAGGUAACACCAUCUCGAGACCAACCAAAGGAAAUGCAAUUUUGUUUUUCAGUCUCCAUCCUAAUGCAUCUGUCGACAAGACCAGUUCCCAUGCCAGAUGCCCUGUACUGGAAGGCGAAAUGUGGUGCGCUACAAAGUUCUUUCAUGCAAAAGCCAUUCCUCAGGAACAUUCCUCAUCCAAUUCGGAUAACAGCGACUGCACUGACGAAGACGAUAGCUGUCCCAGGUGGGCAGACAUUGGGGAGUGUCAAAGGAACCCUGUAUUCAUGAUCGGCUCGGAUGAUUACUAAGGUACAUGCAGGAAGAGUUGUAAUGUAUGCUGA